AUGGGCAUCGAAAAUGAACACCUUACCUACUUCUCAAAUCAUCACCACAACCCUCCGUCUAUCACUUCGACCUUCUCAACCAACUCUAUCCCAUCCGUCCUCGCCCUCUACUCCAUCAUGACUCGAACCAACAAAGGAAAUGACCGCAACCACAGUGCCAUUGCUGAUGGUUCCGCCCUCCCUGAAGAACGCCUUCCUCGCUACUUCGCUAAACAUGGCCACGUUGACGCCGAUCCAAAGGGUGUGAAGAAGCAAGGUGGCGGCAAGGGCAAUUGGGGUCGUGAAGGCGAUGAAGUCCACGACUACGACUACAAGUUCACCAAUUCUCGCCGUCGUUCCAACUCCAGCACCCAAGUCCUCGGGGAUUUCAAGACCAAGUUCGAAACCGUCGACGCCGAGCCUGUCUUUGAGGAGGGAUUGCACGGACCUACCGACGAAGAUAUCGAAAAGGCCUCCACUCUGUCCAAGGAAGAGAGCACCGACUCCAGCACUUUGGGAGGGAGCUAUGAUGAUGAAGAUAAGAAAUUGUAA